CGCACCGAAUCUAUACGCUAACCCCCCGGCUGCUCUUUCGAUUCUCUUGUCGAAGAAAGGGAAAGCGCGCGGAGUUUGGGCGGCGGCGGCGGAGGAGGAGGAGGUGGAGGGUUAUCGCCGGAGUCUGGGAGCGCCGAGACCGGGAUCUGACGGUGAGCCGGCGGCUGGAGGGCAUGGUGGGCAGAGAGCGGAAAUCCUAGGAAAGAUCCCUUCUUUUUCGUCAUCUCUCUGCGGGUGCACUCGGGGAAUCUAGGUUUUGCGGCGGGCGAUGGAGCAGGAGGAGAGCCGCCGUCGAGGAGGAAUGUACGUGGUCCCGCCUCCUCGGGGCCCGGGUCCCGCCGCCGUGGCCGCGGGGGACGACAAAGCGCCGAGGGUUUACGAGGUCUGGAUGGCCAACAACAUUUUUUUUCUUAAAGGGAGGUUCGUCUUUGGGCCUGACGUGAGGUCAUUGUUUCUCACAAUAUUCCUCAUUGUUGCACCUAUGUCAAUUUUUUGUGUAUUUGUCGGCAGAAAACUAAUGGAUGGUUUUUCUCAUCAUUUGGGAAUAUCGAUAAUGGUAGUAGCGGUUGCAUUCACAUUAUAUGAUAUAACUCUUCUACUUCUCACAUCUGGUAGAGAUCCGGGUAUAAUACCUCGUAGUGCACAUCCUCCGGAACCUGAAGACUAUGCGGAACUAGGGGAUGAUGAAACUCCAGAGUUACGUUUACCUAGAAUAAAAGAAGUUGUUGUCAAUGGGGUCACUGUGAAGAUCAAAUACUGUGAUACAUGCAUGCUCUAUCGACCUCCUCGCUGUUCUCACUGCUCAAUCUGCGAUAACUGUGUGGAACGUUUCGACCACCACUGCCCAUGGGUUGGGCAAUGCGUAGGGCUUGUAAGUUUCCGAAACUACCGAUUCUUUUAUAUGUUUGUCUUCUCAACAACUCUACUCUGCUUGUAUGUUUUCGGCUUCUGCUGGGUAUAUAUAAUUAGAAUCAAGAAUGCUGAGCAAACAUCUAUCUGGAGGGCAAUGAUCAAAACUCCAGCUUCCAUUGUUUUGAUAAUCUACACUUUUGUAUGCGUGUGGUUUGUUGGCGGUCUGUCUGUCUUCCAUCUGUAUCUCAUUAGUACAAACCAGACUACAUAUGAGAACUUCAGAAAACAUUAUGAUCAGCGAGAUAACCCAUACAACAGAGGAGUAGUUGCGAAUUUCAAAGAAAUUUUCUUCACAAGCAUUCCUCCUUCAAAGAAUAAAUUCCGGGCAAGAGCACCACUCCAACGGGGAUUACAGACAAGAUCACCGAGCGGAGGUUUUAUUAGUCCAAACAUGGGGAAGUUGGUAGGCGAUCUUGAGAUGGGCAGGAAGCCUGUGACAUGGGAUGAAGCAACGACUGGGAUGGAUGUUAAUGAUUUGCAAGCAGGUUUGAGUGACACCAACAUUUUGGAUGACAAGAAUGGUGGGUUUGGUGAUGUAUCCCCUGAUUUAAGCAGGGAGGUCCUCCCAACAGAGAGGUUCGAAGGGCGUGCAGCAUUCCACCCAAGGCGGCCGAGUUGGGGACGUAGAAGUGGAAGCUGGGAGAUGUCACCGGAAGUAUUGGCUCGGGCAGCUCGAGAUGGGUAAUCGGAUCGGGCAAGUAGAAAUCGGUGAGGUUUCUGUACAGAGACACGAAUCAGAAGGCAGCAAUCUAAUGCAAGCGGAUGCGCAGCUGAGAGGGCAGGACUGAUGCUUCACAUGUUAGUCUUUGUUGUACUCGUGUGCAGUUGGGGAAGGAGUACAGAUUGUAUUCUGCAUGGAUACCGUGUGUCGAUAUGAUCCUUUCAUGUUGUUUGUUUUCUUUUUCCUUUUCUUUGCUUCUUGCAGCUUGUGUGAUGGUUUGAUUUGUUGAGGCAUUGAUUUUCAGGACUGGACUCUUGUUUGGUUGGGUGGGAUGUGUGUCUGUAUAUAUACAUACUGAUGGAGUGGUAAUUCUAGAAAAAUAAUAAUGAAAAACAUGUAUUGUUUGAUCUGGAUCUCA